UCAGAAAAUGGGUAAGAAGAGUCGAGUAAAAACUCAGAAAUCAGGCACUGGGGCUGCAGCCAGCGUGUCUCCGAAGGAAAUCUUGAACCUGACCAGUGAACUGUUGCAGAAGUGCAGCAGUCCCGCACCCAGCCCGGGGAAAGAAUGGGAGGAGUAUGUGCAGAUCCGGUCUCUGGUGGAGAAAAUACGGAAAAAGCAAAAAGGUCUGUCUGUUACUUUUGAUGGCGAAAGAGAAGAUUACUUUCCUGAUCUAAUGAAAUGGGCCUCUGAAAAUGGGGCCUCUGUCGAGGGCUUUGAAAUGGUUAACUUCAAAGAAGAGGGCUUCGGUUUGAGAGCAACGAAAGAUAUCAAGGCAGAAGAAUUGUUUUUAUGGGUUCCACGAAAAUUACUAAUGACUGUUGAAUCUGCUAAAAAUUCAAUAUUGGGGCCCUUAUACUCUCAAGACCGAAUUCUUCAAGCCAUGGGCAAUAUCGCCCUGGCCUUUCAUCUGCUGUGUGAGCGAGCCAGCCCCAACUCUUUCUGGCUGCCCUACAUCCAGACCCUUCCCAGCGAGUACGACACUCCUCUCUACUUUGAAGAAGAGGAAGUUCGGUGUCUGCAGUCAACACAAGCUAUCCAUGAUGUCUUUAGCCAGUAUAAAAACACAGCUCGACAGUAUGCCUAUUUCUAUAAAGUUAUCCAGACCCAUCCACAUGCCAACAAACUGCCCUUGAAGGAUUCGUUCACUUACGAGGACUACAGGUGGGCGGUCUCUUCUGUUAUGACGCGACAAAACCAAGUUCCCACGGAGGACGGCUCCCGGGUGACCCUGGCCCUGAUCCCCUUGUGGGACAUGUGUAACCACACCAACGGCCUGAUCACGACCGGUUACAACCUGGAGGACGACCGCUGUGAGUGUGUGGCUCUGCAGGACUUUCGGGCCGGAGAGCAGAUUUACAUUUUUUAUGGCACCCGGUCAAAUGCAGAGUUUGUGAUCCACAGUGGCUUUUUCUUUGACAACAACACACAUGACAGAGUGAAAAUAAAGCUCGGCGUGAGUAAAAGCGACCGGCUGUAUGCCAUGAAGGCUGAGGUCCUGGCGCGCGCGGGCAUCCCAACGUCCAGUGUUUUUGCACUACAUUUUACGGAGCCGCCUAUCUCUGCUCAGCUUCUGGCUUUUCUCCGAGUAUUCUGCAUGACUGAAGAGGAACUAAAAGAACAUUUGCUAGGAGAGAACGCAAUUGACAGAAUCUUCACCCUGGGUAACUCAGAGUUUCCGGUCAGCUGGGAAAAUGAAGUUAAACUUUGGUCGUUUCUCGAAGAUAGAGCAUCUCUUCUUUUAAAAACAUACAAAACAACAAUUGAGGAAGACCAGGCCGUGCUCAAGAGCCCCGAGCUUCCCGCGCGCAUGAAGAUGGCCAUCAAACUGCGGCUAGGGGAGAAGGAGAUUCUAGAGAGAGCCGUGCAGAGUGCGGCCGCCAACCGGAAGUGCUUCCGCAAGCACGUGGAGGAGCGCGCGCCGCUCCCGAAGUACGAGGAGAGCAACCUUGGGCUGCUGGAGGGCGGCGCGGGCGACUCGCGGCUGCCCCUGGUCCUGCGCAGCCUGGAGGAGGAGGCGGGGGCGCAGCAGGCGCCGAGCCUCAAGGGGGCUGGCGGCGGGCUCGUCAACGGCGAAAACUCUAUCCCCAACGGGACCGGGUCCGAGAGGGAGAAUGUCAGCCCCGGAGAGAUUCUGGUGGGGCUGACACCCGCAGCAGGCGCCAUCCUGUCCAUUUCCUUGUCCCCAUCUCCCAGUUCCAGCCUGCGUGUCCCCACCAAAUCUUGA